GAGCGCGGCCCGCGCGCUGGAGCCGAACGGCGGGCGCCGCCCACAGUGCUCCCGGGCCAGGCCGAGCGAGGCCAUGGGGCGGUUGCUGGCUCUGAGCUUGCUGGGGAUAGCGCUGGCGCUCCUGGGCGAGAGGCUCCUGGCGCUCAGGAAUCGACUUAAAGCCUCCAGAGAAGUAGAAUCUGUUGACCUUCCAAACUGCCACCUGAUUAAAGGAAUCGAAGCCGGCUCUGAAGAUAUUGACAUACUUCCCAAUGGUCUGGCUUUCUUUAGUGUGGGUCUGAAAUGUCCGGGUCUCCACAGUUUUGCACCAGAUAAGCCUGGAGGAAUACUAAUGAUGGAUCUAAAAGAAGAAAACCCAAGGGCACUGGAAUUAAGAAUCAGCCGUGGAUUUAAUUUGGCUUCAUUUAAUCCACAUGGUAUCAGCACUUUCAUAGACAGUGAUGACACAGUUUAUCUCUUUGUUGUAAACCAUCCGGAAUUCAAGAAUACAGUGGAAAUUUUUAAAUUUGAAGAGGAGGAAAAUUCUCUUUUGCAUCUAAAAACAAUCAAACAUGAGCUUCUUCCAAGUGUGAAUGAUAUCAUAGCUGUUGGACCAGCACAUUUCUAUGCUACCAAUGACCACUAUUUCUCUGAUCCUUUCUUAAAGUAUUUGGAAACAUACCUGAACUUACACUGGACAAAUGUUGUUUACUACAGUCCAAAUGAAGUUAAAGUGGUAGCAGAAGGAUUUGAUUCAGCAAAUGGGAUCAAUAUUUCACCUGAUAAAAAGUACAUCUAUGUUGCUGAUAUACUGGCUCAUGAAAUUCAUGUUUUGGAAAAACAGCCUAAUAUGAACUUAACUCAAUUGAAGGUACUCGAGUUGGAUACACUGGUGGAUAAUAUAUCUAUCGAUCCUUCCUCCGGGGACAUCUUGGUAGGCUGUCAUCCUAAUGGCCAGAAGCUCUUCGUUUAUGACCCGAACAAUCCUCCCUCAUCAGAGGUUCUCCGCAUCCAGAAUAUUCUAUCUGAGAAGCCUACAGUGACUACAGUUUAUGCCAACAACGGAUCUGUUCUCCAGGGAAGUUCUGUGGCCUCUUUGUAUGACAGGAAGCUUCUUAUAGGCACUUUAUACCACAGAGCCCUGUACUGUGAACUCUAAACUGUCUUUUUGCUCUGCAAGCAUGCUAGCCUCUAUUAACAAUUAAUUUCCUAUGAAUUGUUAAUUCUGAGGGAAUUUAACCAGCAGCAUUGACCCAGAAAUGUAUGAUGUAUAUAGUAAAUUUUAUUUCAGUAUGGAAAGUCACCCUUCUUCACAUAGCACUUUUAACAUAAAAGGAAAAUGAACAGUUUUUAAAAUGCCAGGUAAAGGUGAGAGAAGGAACACUGCUUUCAGUAAAGUAAGUUCACUUUGCACAAAAAUAAGUCUCAUGUCGGCCUUCCAACUGCCAGAGUGAAAAUUCCACUAAAACAGGGUAGAUUAUAUUUCCUUGAGUUACCUCAACUCCACUAGUGUGACCACUGUGACUCAGAACUACUGAUAAGAUGUUGUGAUGCUUUGGACUUACAUCUUUGUUUACUAUAAAGAGUUGGAGUUGUAUUAAAGACUAACUGAAAUCCAA